CGACGCCUCCGGCCGCGAAUGUGCGAACGCGUCGGGUGAAAGUAUACACAACAUCUGUCACGUGGUGGCACAAAGCUGCGACGCCUCAGUUUAGUACAAUUCAUAGAGCUGUGCGCGUGCAUUUGGUUAUGGCGCCGAGAAUAGCAACUUGUUUGUGGUUCAUUAUUACAGGUGUAGUUCUUGGAUCAUGCCUAGAAGUAGGUCUGAAGCAGUCUACGGCCAAAGUGGUUGGUGGUCAGAAUGCCAGUUUUGGAGAAUUUCCUUACCUGGUGUCUAUUCAGUGGAACUUCGGAAACGGUUCUCGAGCGGUACAUUUCUGUGGAGGUACCAUAGUGGAACGAUAUUGGAUUCUAACAGCAGCACAUUGCAAAGAAACGGCGUUUGCGGACGGUUGGCUAGAAGUGGUGGCAGGAGAGUUUGAUUUACAGCAUGACGAUGGCUGUGAGCAACGGCGCAAUGUAAGCCAGUUUUUAGUACAUGAAGAUCGAUUGCCAGGUUUCGUGGGACCGAAUGAUAUUGCAUUGAUAAAACUGGAACGGCCAUUCGACCUGAAUAAUAAUGUGACGACCGUGGAAUUAGACAACAGACAGUCCCCGAUCUAUGGAAUGGCAGUUCUGCCAGGCUGGGGUUCUACGUCGUCAUCUAUAGAACCAAUUUAUCCGGAUAAAUUGCAAAAAGCUCACUUACCAGUUUUUCCGUAUGAUGCUUGUCUACAAUAUUUCCCGCUGUUUAGUCCGCUAGAGGAUAGUAAUUUCUGCGCCGGAGAGCUGAACGGAUCGGUAAACGCAUGUCAUCGUGAUUCCGGUGGACCAUUGCUGCAAACGAUCGACGCAAUAGUAACCCAAGUGGGAAUCGUAUCCUGGGGAGCCUUACCGUGUACGGCGUACCGCAGUCCAACCGUUGUUACAUGGAUCAGUUAUUUCAGGGAAUGGAUUCGGAUAACAAUUGAAAAGAACUCCACUGUUUCUGAUAGAUGA